AUGGCUUCACUUUUAUCCCAUCGAGAAAAUGGGGUCCUGUCAUCAGCUCCGCCUGCGGAACCCCUCUCCGGCACGGUCAUCAGUGUGAUACUCGCAUUCAGCGCUUUAUCCAUAAUAUCAUGUUUCCUAACGCAAAGGUCAAUAGCGGUUAAAUCAUGGAGACGCUUAUCUCUUAUUGCCAUACUGGUUUCCACGAUCUAUAUCGACUCAUGGAUAUUCGUGUUCGCCUCAGGCAUCAUCGACUAUGGAAUAGGCGUGGAUACGAAUCUAGAAGCCUGUUCAGCCGCUAUACUUAUAUGCUUGUUCUUCUAUGUUACUACCAAACUGAUAUAUAUCUUCCUCGUCGAGAAAGCAUUUAUCAUUCAGGGCAGCACGAAGCGGCGAUUUGAAUCCAGGUUGUACUUAUUCAACUCCUUCGGUAUACUAACUUUAUAUGCGAUCGUGUGUACCUUGGCAUUUGUUUAUCGCAUCGCUCGAAUGGAUAAUGGACAAUGUAUCAUUGGGAUAGAGAGAUCGGCCAUGAUCCCCCUCAUAACGUUCGAUGCCGCUGUAAACGUGUACCUCACGAUCUUAUUCUUGAACCCCUUACGAAGUGUCUACUCGCUAAAAGCUCGCUCCCGUGCAUCCAUUAAUACUCCGAAAUUGCGUGCUGCAACCAUUCGGACUUUUGUUGGCGCCCUAUGUACAACCACUUCAAGCAUAGUGAACCUUACAGUUCUCAUGGUUCUCGACGGCGAGCCCGGAUGGGUAUGCCUUACAUGUUGUAAUGCGGAUAUUCUCUUUUCCGCGCUAGUAAUCCAAUGGAUAACAUCCCACGACAGCACCGGCGCUCACGAUUCAUCUCCCCCCUCUGAUAAGGUCCAAUCCUACCAACCAACCAAUACGCUUCCCCCCCCACCAGCUCCUCCUCGCCCACCACGACGCGGUCGCGGGCAGAAAAAGCUCAACAUCUCGCUCCCGCUAAAGACGACCAGUACGUCGCAAUACGAGCACAUAUUCGGAGACAUCGAGGCAGAAGCCGACAUCACAAGUGCCAGCAGCGCAUUUACCUCGCUCAAAAAGUCUGGGACCGCGACCCCCAGAUUCGACUACGACAUCUGCGGAAACGAAGGCGACGACGAACGCCCCAACGACAACAGUAUACUCCAAGAACAAGAACAAGCGAACGAGGUAAACGAGCAGAGCGAUACCACAAACGCCACAACCCUCAACGACAAACCCAACAACCGUACCCCCGACCCCUCAACCCGCACCCUAACAAGCCCACCAAGCACGCAUCUAAGCCCAUCCCCCCUCCCACACUCCCACCCACAACCCCCAUCUCAAACCCAAACCCAACCAUCAACCCCAACCACCAAACCCCAUCCAUCACCCGCCUCCGCCGCCGUAGCAGCCGACCUAGAACGACUACGCCGAUACCGCGGGCGCCUGCAACAGCAACACCAACGCGCCAACCCAACCUCCAAAGCCGCCUCACCCUCUCUUUCCACAAAACCAGCAACAGGCCCCACAGGCGCGCUCAUUAAACCCCCUCUCCUAGCCCCGGAUACAUCCGCCAUGACACGUAAAAGCAGUGCACGGGACCCCGGGCACGCGUAUCGCAUUAGCCCACUCGUCUUCGAGGGGGGAAGCUCAGAUUCGCGGUGGCUUGAUCUCGUGGAUGUGGAAGUGGAAGUGGGGAAAGGAGGGAAGGGUGGUGAUCUUGGGGCGGGUGGUUGGAUUUAA